GCCACACACUAGAGCCGUGUGCGGUGCAGACUGCAGCGUGCAGACGGAUGGGGUCCAGGGGAAUGGGAUGGGACGCACCGGGCUCAAAUGCCGCCAUAUCGGGGCCAGGCCACCGAGGGCGGAAGCUGUCCAGAUCGCGUGAUUCCGCAUCCCGUUCGCGAGCGCGACACACGCUGACAGCUCACGGCUGACCUUCCCGACGGCCUCCAGCUCCAUCUUGAUUCUUGAGGCGAAGCCCCGGUGCGUAAGAGUCUGCCAUGGCCAGCGAGAAUAAGGUCUUUGGGUUCGAGGAAGUCGCCAAGCACAACGUCACCAAGGACUGCUGGAUCAUCAUCGCCGGCAAGGUGUAUGACGUCACUCCGUUUAUGGAUGAGCAUCCUGGUGGAGACGAGGUUUUGCUAGCUGUAACCGGGAAAGAUGCUACAGCUGAUUUCGAAGAUAUUGGCCACAGUGAUUCCGCAAGGGACAUGAUGGAGAAGUACCACAUCGGGCAGAUAGAUGCUUCAACAAUCCCAGCAAAGCGUGCUCAUGUGCAGCCCCAGCAAGCACCCAGCCAUGCAGACAAGGAUAAUGACCUCCCCAUCAAGAUCCUACAGUUCCUUGUGCCCAUUAUGAUCCUGGGCCUUGCAUUUGGUAUACGGCAGUACACCAAAUCAGAGUAGUAACUAUUCUUAGAGGCUUGCCUUUGGAGCCUGUCUUAUGGUAAUGGUUCGAAUAAAAACAGUUCAAUAAUUGCGCAUUGUAUUUGUCAGGUCGAUGUUGUCUCAUUAGUCACAUGCUACUCUGUAUUAUGGACAUCCAUGUUGAAAUGUGCGCUUUUCCCCCAUGAA